AAACAUUUGAAAAGAGUAUCAAAAAAUCGGACACAGUGACAUAAACAAACAUUCGGUAUGAAUUAAAUUUGCAGUUCAAUUUGAUGACGACUCUGGGGAGCAUGAGUUCCGUGGCUGCUGAAAAUGUCAUUUACGCUGACGAAUCAGAGCUUAAUCCGAUUGGAGAGCUCCAAGGACGACGAUGAAUGGAAUCGGACAUUAAUGUUCUUCAAUGUAGAUAUUUCGAGCGGAGUGUGCCGUGACCACCAAAACAAGAUUUCGCAGCCACGGUCCUCCGUUUGCAAUGGAAAGCGACGAGCUCCCGGCGGAGGAUUGGCCAAUCCAAUUACGGAGAGUGUGAUGUCAUUUGUAGCAGCCAAUAAAUUCUAUGCUCGCGAACAUUCAAAUUUUGAUCAUGGGAAUUAUACGCCACGAACUUCUGGCCGGCGAAGAGAUAACUUUGCCUAUUCCGACAGACGUCGUCAUUUUUAUCAUAGACCAAUUAAAUCCGGACGAAGUCGUGCCGCAAUAGGUUUAGUUUCCCCAUCUCCAUCGGCCGAUUCUACGGGUUACUAUGAGAGUAAAAGGAUCCACUAUCCAGACUUUGAGACUGGGAAGACGUUUGAUAACUUUUACCCAGAUGAUGAACCUUAUGAAUUAGAGGAAGAUGAACCCCGUAGAGUCCUCUCAACCUCUGAUUAUACAAAACAACAGGAAGAUCCAAGAGCUAACAAAGAAUACGCGGAUGGCAGAUAUGACUACUACCCCCAUGGUUCAAGGUCAACAAAUAGACACCACAGAGAAUCUAAGAGAUACAAUAGAUAUCCCUUCCCUGAGCACCCAGCUCAAGAUGAUUACCAUCGAGACUUCAGACGAGCUGUUCCGCGUCAGUUACGAUCUAGUUCCUAUAGGAUGAAACACAAUUGUAGGCAGGCCUCAGGAUCUUUACCACCCAACUAUGCCUCAAAUUGUUACCCACAUGACUCAACGGAAUAUGGGAGUGACAAUGACUAUGACGGUUAUCCUGAAAAUUACAAAAAAUACAGAGAUUAUUAUGAGGAACCGACGGCUGAAGCCUAUCAAAACCCAUAUGAAGAAUUCCAUGACUACGAAUAUCCAGAUUAUAAACAAAGUAGUAAAGCCCCACCGGUACCAUUUCCGAAACCUCAACCUAAGUACUACAAAAGUUAUUCUAAAGCACCGUCCCCGAACUAUCCAACCAAUCCAAUUUUUAGGCCUGAAAUGGAAUCUAAAGUAAACGAGGUUAAGGUAUCCCCUUAUGAAGAAGCCGAAACUCGUCAAGUUAAAUCCAAUCGAAUUAAACAAAAUAAUCAUUCAGAGGAAAUUCCACGUAGAAAAGGUUUCAACUAUGUUAAAAAGAGGAGAGAAGAACCGAUAAAAUACGACAAAAUUUCAAAACAUAUUUCUCGUCUUGCUCCACAUGUACAAUAUGCAAGUAAAGGCCAAAAUGAUAGAUUUACUAUGGAAGUUAAUCCUCAUAGAGAACGUUCUGUUUCUAGCACCCAUAGAAAAAUAUUUAGCGAAGAACUUCCUCACAGAUAUCGCCCGAAAAAAGUUAUUAAUGAAACACGUGAGCCGCAUAGAAACUUAAAAACUAAAUCUGUUGGACAGUACGAUAAGUCAAAAGCGCAAUAUGAGAGUUAUAAAACUCGUGGUCAUCAUCAUAAAUCUUCGCCAGAUAGAAAAAAGUCGGUUGACUUUGUUCGCUUCACAGACCUAAACGAUGGUUCAGAAAUUCCGCAUAAAAUUCGUGAGAACGGUCAAUCCCCAUCGUCCAUAUUUUUCACUAUCGAGAUACCGUAUAAAAAGAAGCAUCGAAGAUAUACAUAUCCCCAAACAGGGGAAUAUAUAUCCAAAAGAUCACAUUCGGGCUGUGAUAAUUUUUCCCAAAAGUCGUUUAGGCCGCAAACAUCGCUAUAUGAUGUUGGGAAACUACGAAAGCGAAAAACAAUGAAGCAGAAAAUAUCUGGAUUUUUUAAGAGGUCAAAACUAUGCUUGUCGAAGUCGAACAUUUUCAGAAGCAAAUCUAAAAUAAUAAAGAAGCCAGCACAGCGAAACCUAAACUGUGCUCAAAUAAGUAAUCCUAGCCCCGAUUACUCCGUUAACUCUCCCAUAGCAAGUAAUCACUCUUUGGAGUCGGAAAAUGUGAAAGUUCCGUCUCAGGAAAGUGAACACCAAAAAUAUGGCUUAAAAAGGGGCAAGGAAUGUCAUUAUCCCACUGUUUACAGGGGAACCAACAAACAGCUGCCCGAAAAUAAUAACGAGAUCUUUCACCAGUACUCCAUGUUCAACGUUCUGAGCUCCACCAACCAAAGGUCGAAGGUAAAUAACGAUGACUAUGACCACUUCGAUCCGGGAUUAAGUAAACGAACCAGUCGAUAUUUCAGACCUGCUGCUGAUUCGCCCACGAAGAGUUCCUAUAAGGAAUUCGAUCGCGUGUCUAGUGGAAAUUGCAGUCUCUUUAGUGAGGGAAAAUGUGGAGAUGCCAUCGGAAAAAGUGAAAUUAACGUCUGCCUAACGAUUCGGACCACUGAUGUAAGUUUGACGGGCAGUCCGAGGAUAGUGUCAUCAAAAAUCGUUGGGGAUCAUGGCUUAUCCUCCAAAAGCAAUAAUGGUGAAGCCAAAAUAACUCGUUCAAGGCCAGCAAUUCGUUCAGUAUCGAGACAAAGUAGUGGAAGCACAAUAUUUGAAAGUGCUAGUGGUGAAAACCAAUUCAAGAAUGUCAGGUUUUCCCCCUCGCACUUUACCCACAAUAGUUGUUCCUCCGCCCAAAGCAGCUCCGAAAGCAAUUCUUCAAGAAUUCAAACCUCCAUAAAUUCGCAAGAGCAUGUCUGCAAAAGGAAAAGCAUUGAGGCGAGUUCCAAGCCACCAGAAAUGCCUGGAAGUAUUGGUAGCUCUUCGGAAUACCUUCGUCCUCGACAUCGCCUUGUCACCAAAUGGAGCUUAACCAGUCAGUCCAAGCCCUAUAAUUCUAGGCCAGAACCAAGCCACCGCUGGACCCCUGAUAAAUUAGAUACAAAUUCUCUAAGACCAACUUUGUUUCAAAGCGAUGUAACUAAAAGGUCAAGCCUAAAAAGGGUGGAUGACAACCUUGUGAAAUCAGUGCCCAAAAGGGUAGUCUUGAAAACAAAAAGCUCGGAAAGUAUGAUUAGUGGGUCAAUGUGCAGUUCUGGUAGCAGUGCGAAAUCACUUUCCACAUUUGAAAUUCAGGACAAGAAGAACGAUGACAGAAGUGAGUGCUACAGAUCCCAGAGCCACCAUUUUCAAUUUGGCGAAGAUAGGAAAAUUGAGGUAUUCCCAAGGAAAACAAGUAGUUGGCCGCGACAAAGUCCACGAAGCUUUCCAGGGCCACCGAUCCGGAACAUAGAUCCUGAACCUUUUGGCAAAUCGACCUUGUCACCCAAAACAUCAACUCAAAGCUUAGAGUCCUCCAUAAGUAGAUGCUCCAGUGAUGGCUUGUCAGGAAAUAAUGAAGGAAGUACCAGCCACAAGCCAAAGGAUAUGCAACUGGUUUGCUAUCCCGAUGACGAUUCCAAUUUAAGGAAUUCUCGCCAGUCCCAGGUUGAAUAUGGAAGCGGAUUCACAACUAUGCGAGGUCUAGAUAUUACAGAAUCAUCGAAUCGAGGGGAUCUUUGUUGUCCAAAGCUAGUUUCUGAUUUGGAGAGGGAAUCCUUUUGCCCGAAAAGCAUUGUGGAGGAGCUGAAACGAGAGCUAUUGCAGACCUUCAGAGCCGAACAGCAAAUCAGAAGUCAGUCGCCUUUUCUUCGACCCACUCCGCACAUUAUGAUAUUCCCCUGUGUUCCCAGUGUCAUGUGCCAGACCAGAGCAAACAUUAAUCCGAGUCCCAAUCUAUUCCCUAGACCGGAGUCUGAAAUAUGCUGGAUACCUAACUCCAAGCCACAAAACCUCGCGUGAGGAAUGGUCAGUUAAAGACUUAAUAAAAUAUACUUUUUCUAUAAAAUAACAUAAUAAAUAAAAAUAAAUUAAAAAUAUUU